AUGCCAGCAUCCGUCGAAGCCGUCCACAAGGGCACGCUCGUAUGCGUCGUCCUCAAGGCGCGCAACUUGCCCAACAAAAAGUCGAUCGGAAAGCAGGACCCUUACACAGUGCUUAGCAUGGGCCAAGAACAGCAAAAGACCAAGCCCGACAAACGUGGUGGCCAGCAUCCGACCUGGGACGAGCAGCUCCAUUUCGAAGUUUACGAAGAUAUGGAAGACGCGCUCACAAGCGCUUCCACGAACGACACUGGCUCGGGUUCGGGAUCAAAAGCCACCUCGGCUUCUUCGGCGGCUACCAUAAAGGCCAAGGGAGGCAAAAAAGUGCUCAAGGUGGCCUGCUACGCCGACGACAGCAAGGAGCCCGAAUUCAUCGGCGAAGGGCUCGUAGACCUCACAGACACGCUCAAGACGGGCGAAUUCGAUGAGUGGGUCACCAUCAAAGCCAAGGAUCGCUACGCCGGCGAGGUCUAUCUCGAACUCACCUUCUACUCGUCCGCUGCCCCUCCCAAGAAGCGCAGACCAUCCACACAGCCCGUCAUGUCUGGUUCCGAUACCUAUGGCGGUGCAGGCUCCUUUUCGCGCAUCGGCGAUGGCUCGGCGUCCCCGCCCAAACCCAGCAAGCCCAAGGGUGACCAUCCUCCUAUCCCUGCCUCGAUGCGUCCUGGCGCAAGCUCCACCAGCUCCAACGCGCACAACCGCAUGUCCAGCAGCAUCUCCACUUCCAGCCUCGCUGCAACGCUCCACAGACCUCCUUCGGCCAUGUCUCACUCCCAGACCAUGCACGACCUCGGCAGCACUACCAUUCGUCCCAGCUCGUCGCUUGCCAAUUUGGACGCCUACACACCCGCAUAUGCUCCCUCCAGCAUCUCACGCUCCACUAGUCCCAUACCGCCUUCGUCCUCGUACCACAAUGUUGCUGCUGCCGAUGCAUCACGAGGUAAUAGCUUCGUCACCACUAUGCCUGCAGGCGGGUCUAGACGCAACAGCUUUGCCGCCCCCAUGCCUUCCGAGUUCGGCCACUCGAUUACACCUUCCGCCUCGUACUAUUCGCAGCACUCGGUCACUCCUUCUCAGAGCAGCCAGUACCUCGCUCACGGCCACGCCGUCGAGCCCAGCGACGAUCGUUACGCCACUGUUCGACCAGGAUCCAUCUCCCAGCGUCACCAGCCACAGUACACCGUGCCACGUUCCCAGUCCAUCUCUCACAUCCCGAUCGCUUACAACCACGCACCUCAGCCCGACUUUGGUGCCGAUCAGCUCACGCAGUCAAUGUCCAACAUGGGUUUUGGCCACUCGGCGGAUAAGCCCCUACCUCCUCCGACGCCCGUGCAACCCGAAGAGCGUCCACCGCAGUCGCACAUCUACCAAGCGCCCGCUCAUUUGGCAUCGCUGUACACGCCUCCGCCUAACGCGGGCUACUCGCACGACGCGCAAAGACCUGUUUCGCCCGCGGCUCGACCUCCGUCGGCGCUCUCGCAGUACAGCACGAGUCCAUCUCCUCAUGUGAAUUCGGCGCCAUCCGUGGUCAAUGCGCAGGCAUACUAUCAACAACAGCCGUCGGCGUCGCAGGCAGGUGGCCAUCUGGCGCAACCGCCCUCGAUUCCACCUCGUUCCUCGUCCCCCGGCGCAUCGGCAGCAUACACACCGAUCCCGUCACCGUACGGCCAACCGACUCAGCAGCCGCACGUGUCUCGUCCCUUGCCAUCGACGCAGAGUUCCACCGCACUGUCAUCAGCUGCCCCACCGCAGCCACAUCAGCAGCAGCAGCCACCGUACCCUUCGCACCUCUACCAGCCUGUUCAGCAACCAUCGCCGCCUCCUCAUCAACCGCAGCAGCUCUCUCAUUCGCACUCGAUGUCGCAUUCGCUUUCGCACAACACCUGGCACGGUGCUCCUCCACCGGCGUCUCAGCCUGCUCAUCCAUCGUACGCGCCUGCGCCUGCUCCUCAUCAAGCUAGCAAUGGCGUCGCGCCAUCGCUGUCGAGCGGAUACCUGUACUCUCCGCCGCCUCCUCAAGCUCAUCAAAGCGGCGCUGACGCUGGUUCGAGCUGGAAUCCUGGCAGAUCACCAUCGCCUCUACCACCUAUUCCCGGAUCGCAACACCAGCAACAACCACCGCCUCCACCUCCUGGCCAGCACAUGCCCUCCUCCGGAUCGAUGCACAACCUGUACGCUGUUCCAUCUGGCGCCAACGCUCCUCCUGCUCCUGCUCACGGCUACCAGCAUCAGCAGGGGUAUCAAUACAGUGCUGCUCCAGCGUCACACCAGUACGCGCAACCGCAACCGUCGGCAACUGCGUAUCAAUAUCCGUCGCAACACCAAGCUCAACCUCCACAGCACUAUGCCACCGUCUCGGCAGCAACGCAGCAUCAGUACGGAUCCAUGCCGAACUCCUUCUCCUCCUCGGCUCUCUAUCAGUCUCAUCAGCAGAACCAGUAUGCUCAUCAGCAACACUAUCAGUGA